UUUACCGAGAUAGAAACUGCAGACAAGUUUUUUUCUUUCUUUUUGAAAUGUCCGUACUUGCUCCUUCAGCGCCCAGCCUUCAAGUUUUCUUCUGCAGUUUCCUUUGCCCCGGAUUGCCGAGAGAGCGAGCGAGCAAAAGUGGUGUGAAUACUUUCCCCUGCAGCCUCCGAAGUUGUUUGAAGAAAGAGAAGAGCAGUCUAACGGGGAACUUAAAAGAGUAAAGCUUUUGUUUUGGCGCGGGACAGACGACCGGAGAGGGAAAUUGCUGUUGCAUAUUUUUGACUCGGGAUUUUAGCUUUCUUUUGCACCACCGCAAGUCCUUAUUUAAAGUUCGAAACUUUUUGCCCUUCCCUUUUUAGAAAGAGAUUGUACGGCUGCAUGAGAAGGGGCAGGCGCGCAAUUUAUAGCUGCUGUUACACAGCCUCCCCGAGGAAAAUGAAGAAGCUUUUGAGGUGCUGGACAUGCUUGCCUUUCAUCCUUUGCACUAUCCCAACUAAUUGUGGAUCAACUCAGGAUAUCUGUAAAAUCACAGAUAAAAUGGCAGACUGUACUCAUUUAAAACUGUCUCAAAUUCCCUCCAAUCUCCCAACUGACAUAACAGCCUUGGAUAUUUCACAUAACCAGCUGAAAACACUGCCACCUAAAAACCUUACGAAGUAUAAUCAGCUCAUUUAUUUAAAUGUGGGAUUCAAUUCCAUCUCUAAACUAGAGAUGCACUUGUGCCUCAGUUUACCUUUGUUAGAGGUGCUGAGGCUGGAGCACAAUCAGUUGCGUAUAUUACAUGGAGAAGUUUUUACUUCCUGUACCAAUCUGAGAGAGCUUAAUUUGGGAUUCAACUUUCUGAAUGCAAAAAAUGAUCUUUUCAAAAAUCUGAAGAAUUUGACAUUCUUGGAUGUCUCUCGUAAUUCCCUAAGUUCUACAAAAUUAGGGUCUCAGCAGCAAUUAGAGAAUCUACAAGAGCUUGUGAUGUCUCAAAACCAAAUUACAGAAUUAAAGAAAGAAGAUCUAUACUUUCUUCGUAACUCUUCAUUAAAAAGAUUGGACCUUUCAUCUAACCCCAUAAAAAAGUUUCAACCAGGUUGCUUCCAUGCUAUUGGAAACAUAUAUGGCCUUGAUCUGAACAACAUUCCAUUGGGACAUGAUGGCACAGAGAAACUUUGUUUGGAAUUAUCUGGCACAAAAAUACAGAACCUUUCAAUGAGCAAAGUACAACUUUCACGGAUCUCCAAUUUGACCUUUAGUGGAAUGAGUAAAACAAACCUUACCAUUUUAAACCUAUCAAAUAAUUAUUUGUCUGUUAUUGAAAAUACCUCAUUUAUAUAUUUUUCAAAUUUAAAAAAACUAAAUCUAAUGAAUAACAAUAUUACAAAUUUUUUUUCUCAUUCUCUUUAUGGGCUUCACAAUUUGAACUAUUUGAACUUAGAAAAUUCACAUGUCAGAAUAAUUAAUUCAGCUUUCCAGUGGCUAACUCAUUUGAAUUACCUUAUUAUGGAUGGUAAUAGAUUUCUAGAGAUUACUCCUCAUACAUUUAAAGGUUUAGAAAAUUUGAAAAACUUGAGUUUAUGUCAGUGCAACAUAAAUUCAAUAACAAAUAUGACAUUUGCUUCACUUGCAAAUUCUUCCCUGCAGUUUCUCAAUCUAACAAAAACUGGAAUCAUUUCUAUCAAGUCCAAAGCUUUUUCUUGGCUAAGGCAAUUAAAAAUGCUUGAUUUAGGUUUAAAUAAUAUUAAGCAGAACCUUACAGGUCAGGAAUUUCAAGGUCUUAGUAAUAUUGAGACUCUGUAUCUUUCAUAUAACUAUCAGUUGAAUUUGACGAGUGAAUCAUUCACUCUUAUUCCAAGCCUUCGAAAGCUGAGAAUGAGAAAGGUACGUUGCAGUAAUCUUGCAAUCACCCCCUCACCAUUUCGUAAAUUAAAGAAUUUGGCAAUCCUGGAUAUGGGUAACAACAAUAUUGCUAACAUAAAGGAUGAUAUAUUUGAUGGACUGCAUCAGCUUGAAAUUCUUGACCUGCAGCACAAUAAUCUGGCUCAACUUUGGAAACACACCAACCCAGAUGGUCCUGUUCUCUUUCUCAAAGAUCUUCACAACCUUCGCCUACUGGAUUUAGAAUCAAAUGGCUUUGAUGAGAUUCCACACAAGGCUUUCCAUGGCUUAUAUUUAUUGAGAAGCUUGAAUUUAAAUUCCAAUCUCUUAAAUCUGCUUCCCAGUUCUGUUUUUGAUGAUCUUACAUCUCUGAGUUUUCUCUUCCUCCAGAAGAAUAUGGUCACAGCUGUUGAUGAAAAAGUAUUUGGUGCUGUUUUCAAACAUCUGAAAGUAUUAAAUAUGGCUUCAAAUCCAUUUGACUGUACUUGUGACAGUAUAACUUGGUUUGUUAGUUGGCUCAAUAGCAACAAAACAUAUAUCCCAAAUUUAAACAGUUAUCAAUGCAACACUCCACCCAAAUAUCACUCUAAUUCAGUAGCACAGUUUGAUACUUCUAUAUGUGAUAAUGUCCCCUUUAAGCUAAUAUACAUUUUGUGCACUACUUCUGUAUUAUUCCUCAUCUCUAUAGCUCUGCUUGUUCACUUUGAAGGAUGGAGAAUUAAAUUUAUGUAUACUGUGGCUAUAAACAGAGUAUUAGGCCUCAAAGAAAUAGAUAGACCACAACAGCACUUUGAAUAUGAUGCCUACAUCAUUCAUGCCAAGAAGGACAUGAACUGGGUAUAUAAGAACUUCAUUACCCUUGAAGAAAAUAAUCAACCAGCCAUUCGAUUUUGUUUAGAGGAACGAGAUUUUGAAGCUGGAAUAUCUGAAUUUGAAGCCAUCAUCAAUAGCAUACAGAGAAGUAGAAAAAUCAUAUUUAUUGUAACUAAACAUCUCUUAAAAGAUCCCUGGUGUAAAAGGUUCAAAGUGUACCAUGCUAUACAGCAAGCUAUUGAACAAAGUCGGGAUUCUGUUAUACUUAUUUUUCGACAUGAUAUUCCGGAUUACAAGUUAAAGAAUGCACUUUGUUUACGAAGAGCAAUGUUCAAAUCUCAUUGUGUCUUGCAGUGGCCUGUGCAGAAAGAACGUCUGAAUGUCUUUUACCAGCAAUUGAAAUCAGCACUUCAAUCUAGUAGUAGGAUAAUAUGAUUUGUUUUAAGAAAAAUAUUGUAUGCAUUUCUGGGUAAUUCACUCAGUGGUUAAAAUACCACACUAAAAAUAUGAUAUUGGAGGAAAAAAGGUCAAUGCAAAACCAUUCUUCCAGGAUUUUUUUCUUUUGUCCAAAAUAGGAGAGUGUUGUAUCCAAGCAUACAAAAUGAAUGAGCCACAUUUGGGAACAUCAAAUGUCUGCUACAAGAGAAGACAGUGAAAGUAUUUUGGAGGUGAGACCAAAAAAUAGGGGUAUGUGCUAAACAAAAGUGUAUUUGAUUUUAAAUCCAAAACUAAUCUCUCUUUCUCUUCCAUGUGGCUCAUAUUAAAACUUGACUACCGAUCUUUUCAGCAAUUUCCUUUCGCUGCUUACCCACAGCUGCCUAACUCCUCUCUCUUCACCUAUAUGCCAGUCUUUGCUUUAGCCAUACCUGGGCACCAUCCUUCCCGCUGGUCUUCACAUAACCUUCCUUUUCCUAUUCUCUAGCCACAGUGGGAGGCUGCCAUCUUGCCAUCUUUUCUGACUGCUCAAAACUAACUGGCCUAUACACAGCAGUUUAUGUAUAGAACAAUUUGCAUAUUCCCAAUACUUCAUCUCUCUCCACUUUCUUACCCAGAAAUAGGAGUUGCAAAGUAAGUUAACUUCUUGUCUUUGCUGCAUAAUCUUACUGGAAAAAAGAAAUGUAACAAGAGUAGAAUCCUAAUAUCUGUUGCACUAGAAAAGAGGGUUUGGUGAAAAUACAAUUGAUACAGCAUGUUUAGGUCUAACCAGUUUAAGUAAAAUAUGAUAAUACUUGCUAGUAGGAAAGAGCAAAAUAUUCCUUGCCUGAAUUGUUCCAGGUGUGGAACAUCUGCUUUUGAGUAGUCAGAGCAACAAAAACACAUAUUUUAGAUAUUUUCGUCAUUAAGAUGGAUCUGUUUUGUUCCAGAUAUGGUUUGUUUCUCGUGAGGCAAGUAAAUGGGAAAAAAAGAUAACAGGUUUUCUAACUUAUGCCAAAUCUGAAUUAUCUUUUUUUAAAAUUAAUCAAAGAUGUGUAUUAAAUGAAUAAUGGGUAAGUAAGUUAAUGUUGUUAUAUUUGAGUGAUUGUUUAUAAAAUUAGAUACUGAUAGUAGUGGCAAAACCAACAAAUACUAAGCUAUUUCUCAACAAGCUGUAAAACUUGAAAGGAUGAUAAUCGGAGCAUUUAAGUGAUAAACUUUUUUAAAGCAUUUGCUUUGAAGAGUUACUAUAUGGUAAGAUUAGAAAUUAAUCAUUGUGCUUAUAGUUUUAGAGAAAAAAAUCAAUAUAUAAUACAUAGUGCAAUAUAGCUAAUAUGUAUUAAAAACAGUGCCUUGCAUAUCAUAGCAAUUGAUUUCAAACUAUGAACAGAUAGUAAAUUGAAUAUACGUUAGCCAUAAUCUGUGAUGUAAAAAAAAUGUUUACCAGUGUCCUGUCUUGGGACAUAUGCAAUGGGAUCUAAAAGGGGGUGUGGCCUGACCAUGCCUCUUAUGGACAAAUUGCUCUCUUAACAAGAGAUCUGAUUCCAGCUAAUUUAUCACUGUAUUUAAAUUUAUCUUCUCAGACAUAACUGGUGAUCCAAAUUGGUUCUUCUAUGAACAGCACGAUUCCUUCUAUUCAUGAGAUACACCAGGGUCUAUUACUGUUACAUGCAAAAGAACAUGUAAAAUGUUUAGAUCUUACAUCUAGUAGCAAUAAGGUUGUUCUCACAUUUUGUUUCUCUUCCUCGCCUAGUAACUAAGGAUAAAUACAUUAUUAUCUUCCUAAUAAUAAUAAAAAAAAAGUUGGAAGGGACCUUGGAGGUCAUCUAGUCCAACCCCCUCUUCAGGCAGGAAACCCUAUACCCUUUCAAACAAAUGGCUGUCCAGUCUCUUC